AUGCAAAGAAAUAAUUUAGAAGCAAGUGCCUGGACGUCAAAUUUACUUUCUGGAAUAUCGCAUCCAAGAGUUAUGAAACUGAAAGUGAAUCGCGGAAGCGACCUUCACGAUUCAUUCAUACCUACUCUGCGGUCAAAAGAGUGCAAAAGAGGAGAUGUCAAAUUAGUCCUUGUUAUUGGUGAUUUUCACAUUCCACAUCGAAGUCAUAAUAUGCCAGCGAAAUUCCGUAAAUUAUUGGUACCAAACAAAAUGCAACAUGUUUUAUGUACCGGAAACUUGUGCACACGUGAAACGUUCGAUUACCUUAAGUCCUUAGCGUCUGAUGUACACGUAACUCGUGGCGAUUUCGAUGAUGUUUUAACGAAUUAUCCAGAUACUAAAGUUAUUACAGUUGGGCAGUUCCGAAUUGGUUUAUGUCAUGGUCAUCAGAUUGUACCCUGGGGCGACAAAAAGAGGUUAGAAAUGUUAGCACGACAAAUGGAUGUGGAUGUUUUGAUAACCGGACAUACACACGAAUGUCAGACUUUCCAACAUGAGGGACGAUUUUACGUAAAUCCUGGUUCUGCAACCGGAGCUUUCUCGCCCAUACAGAGUGACGUCGUACCGUCAUUUGCACUACUGGACGUACAAAUAGGAACACUGAUUACAUAUCUUUACCGAUUGGUUGACGAUCAAGUAAAAGUGGAACGUGUUCAAUUUUCCAAGUCUACGACUGAUUGA